AAAUUCCUAUGUUUCAUUUCACUUCAACAAUACCCCAAAAAAUUAAAAAAAAAAACAUAAAAAAAUAUAUUAGCUAAGGCUACAGCCUCCGUUGUUCUACCUCAAAGCCAAUAUUGUUGAAAGCUUUAACUAAAUUAUUGAGAGUGAAGCUUAAAUUGAAACUGAAGAACUAACACUAAGUUUAGUUCGUGGAGAUCAAUUUCGCUUGUAAACCACAUUAUUGGAUAUACCCAACAAAAAAAAACUAAAAAGAAAAAACUUGAAAGUCAAAAGCCACAGCAAUGGAGAAGUUGAGCAAAGCGAAGUGGGCGGAAAUGUGCAAUACCUUUGCCAUAUUGGACGUGGAUGGAAGUGGACUGCUAACAGCCAGGGAACUGCGUGGAAUGAUGCGCGUGUUUGGCUACGAAAACAGCGAAGAGGAUGUGCAGAGGAUGAUCGAUGCCGUCGACACCGACGGCACUGGCAAAAUGGACUGUGCCAAAUUUUGUGCCGCUCUGCUCUGGACGCUGAAGCCCGAGGACACGAAACUGAGCGAUAUGCAUCAGCAGCCCAAAGCGCAUAUCGAGGACCAUAAUGCAUCGAACGGCUCAUACAGUCCAAACGAAUAAAAUAUCCUCAGGCAAAGAUAAAAAGAAAA